AUGAGCAAGAAAAAUAAGCAACAGCAAGAUUUUGAUUUCCUAGCAAGCCUAGGUGGCAAACAAGAUAUGGAAAUGGACUUCAAUGACCCAAAACUCAUGGCAGAACUAAAACAAAUGGGCUGGGAAGACGGUGAAGAAAUUGAUCCCGAAGAGGACGAAGCUCACAAACUUGAAUUAGAAAUGGAGGCAGAAGAAAAGGCUUUAGAAGCACAAUACAAAAAAUACGGAAACAAAAAUUAUUCAGAAAAAGACAUCGAAAAUGCAAACUUGGAAGUUGAUGAUUUAGAAGACCCAGAGCUCCAAGGAGAACUCAAUGAGCUUGGAGGUGCUGAAACAAACGCACAACUAGUGUCUCAGCAGCAAGAGCAGAUUGAGCAGCUUAAACAGAAAAUUGAGAAAAUUAAACGCAGCGCUAUAAAGUACAAACAGGCAGGAAAUAAAGAAAAAGCUGUCGAAAGGAUGAAGGAGUAUAAAAGCUUAGAAGUCGAAUUAGCGAAUGCUGAGAAGAUAUUGAAUAUACAUAAUAUUGCUCAUAAGCCCAAGGCAGAAAGCUCUUAUGAAGAGCACAAGUCUAAGGCUAAAGCUGCACCGAAAAUUGAGGAAAAUAGCAUGGCCAUGGAAAUUGAAGAGGAUUUUGAUUAUGAUUCAAUUGUUGCUAUGAGUGUCCUUGAGUAUGAAAAAGAUCUUUGGACAAAGAAAAAGGAUAAAGAUAUGGUAGGAAAGCUUGAAAUGGCAAUAAGUUUGUUAGCAACAAAUAUUCAAGCUGGAAUGAUAAGUCAAGAAGGCUAUAUGGAAUCAUUAACAAAAAUAUUCUUUAUUGAAUUGAAUAUAUCUAGAUUUUUUUUAUAUAUUAAUUGAUUUGCAUUUUAUAUAAAAAUUAUAUAAAAUUAAUGAAUAUAAAGAAAAUUUGAAAAAAGCAUCAGGAAAAACUGCUGAAAUAUAUCAAGCUCAUAUUAAGCUAAUGCAAGAAGAAUUAGAUCAAGCUGGAGAAGAAGAGGAAGAAGAGGAAGAGGAGGAAGAAGAAGAAGUAGCGCAAGUUCAACAAAAUCAACAAAGUGAAAGCUCACCAAAGCCAAAUGAAGAGUCACAGAAUUUAGAACAAACUAACAGAGCAAGCAGAACUGAAAGCGCCCCUGUUAUUUCUCACUCAGAGCUAUAUGAGCACAAUUUCACUUAUAAAACUGCAUAUGAUCUCUUAGAAGAAACAAAAGAAGCAUUUUCUUAUCUAAAAUCAUUAGGUGCAGCUAAGCGCUGUGAGCCUCUCCUAGAAAAAGCUGAAGCCCUCCACAAAAUAAUUAAGGCAAUUCAGCAAGGCCAAAACCCAUCCCUCAAAAUUACCCCAAUAACUCCUCAAGAUAUCACAGGCAUGACCGAAAAAGAGCGCAGAGAACGUAUUUCACAUCUAAUUGAUUUUUGCGCAAAAAAAGGUGCUGAGGCCAAAGAAAACGCUUUAGCAGCUCUCCGGGCUAAAGACCAAGAAGCUGCCAAAGUUUUCAAGCGAGAAAUGGUCGAAAACGAAACCAAAGCUAAACAGCUAGAGUCCGCAUUAUCAAAUCCUUGGGUAAUACCUCCAGAAAUCGGAGUAAAAUCCUUACUCCCUCUGUAAGCUACCAAAAAAAUUAGAAAAAUUCCUAUUUUUUGGGUAAAAACACCCUCAGUGAGCGAACAAAAAUUGUUUUAAUAUAAAACUUUUUUAUGAAAAAAUAUUAUGAUAUAUAGUGAUAAUUAUUAAAAUGAAACCUCUAGCUAAUUCUAUUGAAAUUUAAACAGCUUGCGUUUUAAAAAUAAUUUAUAAAUUAAAUUUAAUAUUUGCUUUCCAAUUUUUUUAAAUUUAAAAAAAAAAUUAUAAAGCUUUUUAUAAAAAAAUUUUUUUGCUUACUCAAGAAUGGAGAAGUUAACAAAAACUGUCCCUGUUGUUAAUGAUGAUGUCGAACCUGGGGUUAUAGAAGUAGUUUUUGGUAAAGCAACUGGACUAGACGACUCCCGAGAUCAUUUUAUUAAUUAUUCAUUAUCAGGCUCAGGUGGCAGUGAUCUAGCAAACAGAACUGGAUAUGGCAAAAAAGUCUGCCAAAAUGGGUUUAAUCUGAAAGAAAUCAUUAAGCCAAAUCCAAAAACAUUUUCAACGCUUUUUAGAAGGCAUUUAACGUUUGACGUUAUGGAAUAUCAUGUGCUUACUCCCUUGGUGAGCAAAAAAAUUUUACUCGCUCACAGGAAAUAAAUUUUAUAGUAAAAGAUUUUUAUCAAAAUUUAAAAAAAUCGGAAAGCAAAUAUUAAUUUAAUUUUAAAUUUAUAAUUUAAAAUGCAAGGUGUUUAAAUAAGCAGAAUUAGCUAGAGAUUUCAUUAUAAUAAUUAUCACUUUUAUAUGAAAAAUAUUUUUGUUAUUCACUCACCGAGGUGUAUUUUGUCCAUUUACCGAAUGGUUUUGUUCGCUCACAGAGUAGGAGGAGGCUAGAAGUAAUAAAAAUGUGGGGACUGCUACAGUAAAACUUGAUGAUUUUGCAAGCAAAUCAGUACUGCAGUUGACUGUUCCACUGGCUAGAAGAGGACCGACAUUAGAAAUGACGCUCAGGAUUAAUAAAUCAUUAAGCACACCUGAAUAUAAGCAAGUGACAGAAAAAGUAGAAUUCGUGGACCAAUUUUUACCAGUUUUCAGGACCCCAGAAGGAAACAGUGUGCAGCAACCAGGAGCAAAAGGAAAAGUGCAGGAAACUGUUCCUCAGCCUGCACCCGCACAAAAAGUCCCUAAACAAACUCCAAUAGAAGAGGAAAAAAACAUCCCAGAGAAGCCUAUCCAGCUAUCUCCAGCUGAAAUAAAAAAUCCAAAUAUUCUUGACAACCUGAAUUCUUAUGAAGUCCUCGAGCAAGAGUCUAAAAGACUUCAACAAUUAAUCAUACAGUUAAGAGGGGACGGUAAAAAUCCAGCUGCAGAGAUUAAUUUGCAAAGAGAAGUAGCCAGAAAGAAAAUGAUCAUUGAGUCACAAGUAGAAAACGGGAUUAUCACCCCAGAACAAUACAAAGCUGUCCUAGAAAACCAAAUACAACAUGACAUGCAAUUAGCAGCCUAUUUCAAAAAUGCAGGAGACAGAGAAAAACUAGGGAUCAUUGUCAAUAGAGUUAAAAUUAUGAAAGGCGAAAUAGCAGAGCUAGGAUAA